AUGCCUGAGAAAUCUUACACUGCUGCCGAGGUGGCGGCCCACAACACUGAGGGUGACUGCUGGGUUAUUAUCGGUGAUGACGUCUACGAUGUUACCGAGUUCUUGCCUGACCAUCCUGGAGGGAAGAAGGCGAUUCUGUUGUUUGCUGGCAAGGAUGCUACUGAGGAAUUCGACAUGUUGCAUGAGCGUAGAGUUAUCAAGAAGUAUGCUCCUAAGGCCCAUCUAGGUAAGCUCGCCAAGUGA